AACUUUCACUAGAAUGUGGAUUUACCUGUAGCAUUUCAUUUGACUCUUUGUAGGUUGUGUCCACGCCCCAACAUGAAGAGUGGAAAUGCACGUUUUUCAGCCUCAGUGAUUUGCCUUUGGCUUGUGAUAGCAGCGGCGCUGGCAGAAGCAGUGGACAACAUGGAAGGGAACGCAACUUGUUCUGAGAGGCCCAUCCGUCAGUCUCAGUCUCUGUGUGCUGGUGAACAGGAGUACGUUCACAAGAGGAAACAAGUUGUUCUGGAGUCACUCAACAGCCUGGGAACCAACUGUACUGCAGAUUCAGUUCCCCACAUCGCUCUGCUGGCAUCAGGUGGGGGUCAGAGGUCAGCCGUGGGUCUGGUGGGUACCCUCUAUCAGAUGGAAAAAGAAAGUCUGUUGGACACUCUGCUCUACCUGGGAGGAGUUUCUGGCUCAACAUGGUCCAUGUCGUCCCUGUACAGCGACCCACAGUGGAGCGCCAACAUGGACAGAGCGGUGUCCACACUCUCAGGUCCUGGGGUAGAGCUUGAGCAGGCUCUGGCCUGGUUGGGCGAGCGGUCAAAGGAGGAGCACUUCUCUCUCACUGAUAUCUGGGGGGUCUUGACCUCUGCUGGGAUCAUGAAACAGAUGGACCUACGGCAUCUUUCAGAUGAGGCCAGCAGAAAUGCCUCCAACCCUUACCCCAUUUACAGCGCCAUAGAGAAACACUGCUUUUCAGAUGGGCCUAUAGAAGGGAAAUGGUUCGAGGUGAGCCCUCAUGAGGCUGGUUUCACAGAGUUGGGUGUCUUCGUUGAAACUUCUCUCCUUGGCAGCAAAUUCCAGAGCGGAGAGCUGCUGGAGAGGAAGCCAGAGAUGGACAUGGUCAAACUACAAGGUGUUCUUGGUUGUGCGCUGGCUCAUGAGGAGAUUAUCAGAGAGUUCAUCCCUCCCUGGUUGAACGUGCCUGGGCAUGUAGAUGGUGCUGCUGAAGAGUACCUGCGUGUGUACAAUGCCCUUGAUAAACUAGUAGCCCUGACCAGAAGCACCAUUAAGGACCCUGCUGCUUUGUCUGACCUGGACAAGCUGCAGAAAAUAGUCAAAGACAAGGUAAAUCAUAAUGACUCUGCGUUGCUGGAGUCAAAGAGUUUGGAGGAUAGACGUAGUGUUUUUCAGCAGUGGAGUCUGGAGCUGCUGGCGGCAGUGGAGGCCUGGAGCCGGAGUCUGGAGGAUGGAGCUUUCAAAACACAUGUCUCUCUGCUUACCAAGCAAGUCCUUCCUCUGAUUAUGAAAUGGGAGUGGGGAACUACUGCAAACUUCCUCUACCAAUACCAAGAUUCCACCAUUCCACCUUGCCUCCGCUCCAAAGAGAGAUUCCACCUGGUGGAUGCCGGCCUGCUGAUUAAUGUAGCCUACCCUUCAUUUCUGGGAGACAAGAGAGACAUUGACCUCAUCAUCGCACCAGAGUACAGCGCUGGAAACAUGUUUGAGACCCUGACUCUUGCCAGAGACUACGCAGCCGAGGUGAAGAAGCCUUUUCCAGAGAUAGAUGACAAAAUCCUGGAGGAGAGAGACUGGCCGAAUGACUGCUACGUGUUCGAGGGGAAAGAAAAGGAGCCCACGAUCGUUUACAUGCCGCUCUUCAAUAGACGAAACUGCAAAGAUGCUGAGGAGUUCAAAGCAAAGAUGGAGGAGUUCUCCACCUUCCAGCGCCCCUUCAACCAGGAGAAGAUUGAGUUUGUGCUGCAGACGGCGAAAUUCAACAUGAAGAACAACAAGGAGACUCUGCUGAGGGAGAUUAACAAAGCUGCUCUCCGCCGACACAAGAGGUUGGGAAGGGUCUGAGUGUGUGUGUGUGUGUGUGGCGCGGGGGUGUUAAGUGAGGCACAUAGAGACACAUAAAAGAAUCAGAGAUGAUCUUAAAGCCAUGUCAAUGUAGGUCAAAGCUGAAUCUCACAUCUUUACAGCAUUAAUCUCUGCGUCUGUGGAAACUGUCUGUGUGAGAACAGAUGAAAAUGGAUUAAAUAACAAGAGUUUAUGUAAUAUCUGUGUGUGUUAGAGUGUGUGUGCUUGUCAGAGACAGAGAGAGAACGGGAUGACGAUGAUGGAUAAAUAACUGACUGAUCAGAAAUCUAAAAUGUCCUGCUCUCUUUUUGUCUCCCUGUCUCUCUGAUUCUUGUCCUUUUGGUUUGUUGUGAACUAUAAUCUGAGGUUUCAUCAUGAACACAAGUCAGAUGUAGACCUCACUGUACAUGAGUGUAAGUCACAGGAGGCAGAGAAAACACAGCAUAACAUGUGUCUUCUGUCUUUGGACUGACACUAUGAAUACAUAAAUUCAAUUUGUAACAGUUCUUUUAGUGUUAUUGAAGUAUGUACAUUCUAUGGCCGCCGUAUGUGGACGGAUGUGAGCAAACUGACCAGUACAUUGGACUUUAAUGAUAUUGUGGAUGAUUUUGAAUUUUGUCCCAGUCUGACCCUUUACAUGCACCAAUAUUUACAGCCUGGAAACAAGUUCCAACAUUCCUGACAACAAGUGAAAGUUGGAAUGCAGCUCGACUGGUAGAUCGAAAGCCCGGACCGGUGCUGUAAAUCAUAAUGCUACCACAUAUAAUUAUAUUUUAGACAAUAAGUUACAGGAUACUACUUACAGAAGGGUGAUGUGAAAAUUAUAUAUAAUACAAAAAGGAAAAAACAGGAGACAUGACCUCCGCCUCUUCAGCUGUCGCUGUCCUGAUAUAAGCCAAAGACUGACUCUGAACGCAAACAUUCACAGCAUACCCAUUCUAAAUGUUAGUAUGUCAUUAUGUCACAUCUCAACCUCCAUACAGUGUCAGUCUGACAGUUUGCUGUAACCUCACUCUUUUUUUUUUAUUACCCAAAGUUAACGCUAGAGGUCGCGCAACAUCCGCAGGAGGGAGUUGCAGUGUCUUUAUGUAGGUCAAUACAACCUAACAUUCAAGGCCAUCUGCAUACAACACAGUGCACUGCCUCCACAGUUGGUUGCUCUGCGACUCUCUUUGUAUUUUAGAGCAUCAAAUGAAUCACUGCGCUGGAUGAUUUCUUUUAUCAGUAAAGAAAAUAAUGAAAGAAUAGCCUAUCACUUUUGAGUUUUGCUUUCUUUUUUAAUUGUGAAUAAAAUAAUAGAAUUUGACUGUGUGUCUGACUUGUUUAGA